AUGUUCUUUCAAUUCUACAAUCGCAUGUUGGCCACAAGGCCUUAUGCUACAAAUGCCAUAACCACUGCUUUCCUCUUUGGUACAGGUGACGUGUUGGCGCAGAACGUUGAAUCGUCCAAGAAUUUUGACUUUUCCAGAACGGGACGAGCCGUAAUCUAUGGUGGUGUCGUGUUUGCGCCUUUGGGAGACCAAUGGUAUAAGUUUCUAGCUCGAGUGGUGGUGGGAAAGACCAAUGUGACUCAAACAGCAGCACGAGUGGCCGUGGAUCAAGGAGUGUUUGCACCAUUCAUAGGUAUUCCGCUUUACUACCUGGCGAUCAGCUUGAUGGAAGGUAAGAGCCCGGAGGAGGCCAAACAGAAAUUGGAGAACAAAUGGUGGCCCACGUUGUACUCUAAUUGGACGGUUUGGCCUGUUUUCCAGGCGGUGAACUUUGCAUUUGUUCCUGUCAACUACCGGCUCAUGGCGGUUAAUGUGGUGAGCAUAGGCUGGAACUGCUAUUUACUGAUGAAAAAUGCGGCAUCUUAA